CUUGACCCUUGAGUGCUGUGUUAGCUCUCUCUCUCUGUAGAAAUGCGUAAUUAAAUAUGGUUAAAUACAUUGAAAUAUGAUCUUCGUAUUUGUUUGAGAUGAUUUUGUAAGUGCAUCUUGAAAUGAAUGCCUGAUCCGGUUUGUUGAAUAAAUAUUAAACACAGUGGACUAUCAGACUCCAUAAUGACUUUCAUUGUUUUUAAAAGUGUUCUGCAGUCACUGUUGACUCUCAUCUCUUUAAUCCUGUGUUUCAUAUCCACCACUGCAGAUGAGCCAAGAGCAGCAGUUAGUCCAGUUUUGGACUGUAAGCUUGAUAAUGAAACAUACAUCUGCACUGGUGCUCAGUACCGCAUGUACUGCAACACAACAAUGCAUCGUUUCUACUUACAGAGAUACCAAAACCAAUACCAGUACCACUGUAUGAGUAAUGACUGUAUAUGUGUUGGUAAUAAGGACACCUGUGCGUGCUACUAUAAUACUACAUCCUGCUUCUGUGAGAUUUUUAGCAAUAGCAUCACUGUCCCUACAGCAGUUAGGCCAGUUUUGGACUGUGAGCUUAAUAAUGACACGUACAUCUGCAUUGGUGCUCAGUACCACAUGUACUGCAACACAUCAUUGCAUUAUUUUAGCUACAACAAAUAUCAGUACCAAAGCCAAUACCAGUACCGAUGCUGGAGUAGUAACUGUGACUGCCAUUUUAAUAAGGACUCCUGUAGGUGCUACAAUCAUACUUCAUCCUGCUUCUGUACAAAUCACAGCUAUAGCAUCGCUCUCUCUUCAUCACGUAAUCCAGUCACAAUCCCUCACUGUCUGCUUUAUAAUGACACAUACAUCUGCACUGGUGCUCAGUACCGCAUGUACUGCAAUACAAAACUGCAUAAUUUUUCCUAUCAGAGUAAUCAAAACCAAUAUCAAUGCAGUAAUAAUUGUGACUGCCGUGGAAAUAUGGACACCUGUACAACUUAUAGUAGCAAUUUGCCCUCUUGUUUUUGCGAGAAUGAUGGCAAUAACAUCACCAUCCCUACAGCAGUUAGUCCAGUCACAGACCCUGACUGUGUGCUCUAUAAUGAUACAUACAUCUGCACUGGUGCUCAGUACCGCAUGUACUGCAACACAAGAAUGCAUUAUUUCUCCUACCAGAGAUAUCAGUACCAAGACCAGUACCAGUGUGUGAAUAAUAACUGUAACUGUAUUGGUAAUAAGGACACCUGUACAUGCUACAGUAGCACUUUGUCCUCCUGCUUCUGUGAGACUUAUGGCAAUAGCAUUGCUCUCACUACAGAAGUCAGUCCAGCUUAUGGCUGUGUGCUUUAUAAUGACACAUACAUCUGCACUGGUGCUCAGUAUCGCAUGUACUGCAACACAAGAAUGCAUAGUUUCAACUACCAGACAUAUCAGUACCAAUGCUGGAAUAAUAACCGUACAUGCAUUGGUAAUAAGGACACCUGUACAUGCUCUAGUAGCACUUUGUCCUCCUGUUUCUGUGAGACUUACGGCAAUAGCAUUGCUCUCGCUAGGCAAGUUAGUCCAGCUUAUGGUUGUGUGCUUUAUAAUGACACAUACAUCUGCACUGGUGCUCAGUAUCGCAUGUACUGCAACACAAGAAUGCAUGAUUUCUACUGCCGGAGAUAUCAGAACCAAAACCAAUGUGAAUACCGAUGCUGGAAUAAUAACUGUGACUGCCGUGGUAAUAAGGACACCUGUAUGUGCUACAGUAACACUUUAUCUUCCUGCUUUUGUGAGACAUAUGGCAAUAGCAUCAUCAUCCCUACAGCAGUUAAUCCAUUGAGAGUCUCUCAGUGUGAGCUUUAUAACGAUACAUACAUCUGCACUGGUGCUCAGUAUCGCAUGUACUGCAACACAAGAAUGCAUGAUUUCUACUACCAAAGAUCUAGAUACCAAGAUCAGUACCAGUGUGUGAAUAAUAAUUGUAACUGCAUUGGUAAUCAGGACACCUGUACAUGUUCUGGUAGCACUUUGUCCUCCUGUUUCUGUGAGACUUACGGCAAUAGCAUUGCUCUCUCUAGGCAAGUUAGUCCAGCUUAUGGUUGUGUGCUUUAUAAUGACACAUACAUCUGCACUGGUGCUCGGUACCGCAUGUACUGCAACAUAACAGUACAUUAUUUUAGCUACUGGAGGUAUCAGAACCACAACCAAAACCAAAACCCGUACCAAUGCUGGAAUAACUGUGACUGUCGUGGAAAUGUGGACACCUGCAUGUGCUCCAGUAGCUCUUUGUCAUCCUGCUUCUGUACAAAUUACAACAAUACCAUCACCAUCCCUGCAGCAGUUAGUCCAGUCACAGGCCCUGACUGUGUGCUCUAUAACGAUACAUACAUCUGCACUGGUGCUCAGUACCGCAUGUACUGCAACACAAGAAUGCAUGACUUUUCCUACCAGAGAUAUCAGUACCAAGAUCAGUACCAGUGUGUGAAUAAUAACUGUAAUUGCGUAGGUAAUAAAGACACCUGUACAUGUUCUAGUAGCAUUUUGUUCUCCUGCUUCUGUGAGACUUACGGCAAUAUCUUUGCUCUCACUACAGCAGUAAGUCCAGUCUAUGACUGUGUGCUUUAUAAUGACACAUCAUACAUCUGCACUGGUGCUCAGUACCACAUGCACUGCAACACAGCUGUACAUGAUUUGUAUUACAGUAGAAACGAGCACCGCUGUACAAGCAAUACCUCUUACUGCCGUGGAAAUAAGGAAACUUGUACGUGCAACUAUAGUACGUCAUCAUCCUGCUUCUGUACAAAUUAUGGAAAUACCAUCCCUGCAGCAGUUAGUCCGGUCUAUGACUGUGUGCUUUAUACUGACACAUACAUCUGCACUGGUUCUCAGUACCGCAUGUACUGCAACACAAGAAUGCAUAGCUUCAACUACCAGAGGUAUAGAUACCAAAACCAAUACCAGUGUGUGAAUAAUAACUGUGACUGCCGUGGAAAUAAGGACACCUGCACAUGUUCUAGUAGGACUUUCUCCUCUUGUUUCUGUGAGUAUAACAUCUCAACCCCAACCACAAUCAGUCCAACUACUGCAGUUCUGAAUAUCACACUGCCGAAUCAAUGCAUGAGUCAGACCUCAGAAGGAUGUCUUCAAAAUCUUCUUGACCAGAUAGAGAACAUUACAGCUCAAGUGCUUCCUGUGACUACUGUGAUGAGCAUUUUGACUGUGGCCUUCAACGCUUCAGAGACGAUUUUAGAGUCAUCAUCAUUAUCAAACCCAACUGAACUAGCCUCCUAUGGAAACCGUAUGUUAAAAACCAGUGAGAAACUCAUUUCUACAUUAGUGAAGCCAACAGACACAAGUGACAAUGUCAGUUUCACUCUUCCAACUGUAGAGGGUCAAGUCUUCAUGGUUGGACCACAGGUCACCUUAGAUAAAAUCCCUCAACUUGACACGAAAAAUUCUUCUGUGGACAUUGAUCUCAUUGGGAUCGCCAAGAACAACAUUGGAUCUGCUGCUGUGGCUUUCAUGAGCUUCAACACGAUGGAGAAUCUUCUGAAGCCAGACUUCUUCAACACAUCAAACAACAUGACUAAAACCAUGAUGUCCACUGUGAUCUCAGCUACUCUUCCCAAAACCACCAACACUAAACUCACCAAACCAGUCAACUUCACCUUCAGACACAUCAGAGAGUUUGAUCCCAGCGGUUCUCUGUCCUGUGUGUACUGGAAUAUCAGCGAGUGGAUUGUAGAUGGUUGUUCUGUUUUAAAGAUCAACAGCAGCUACACUGUGUGUUCCUGUGUUCAUCUGUCCACAUUCGCUCUCAUCAUGCAAACCAGCCGCCCACCAGAGAGCGACCCACUGCUGGAGCUGUUGAAUUUGGUGUGUGUGAUCGUGGGGCUGGUGUUCUUCACUUUGGCCCUGUUGACCUUUGCCCUUUGUCAGUGGAGUCCUGGAGUGAAUAAUGUGGCUCGAAUCAAUAUCUGCAUCAGUCUUCUGCUGGCUCACCUUCUGUUCCUGCUCACACAGCGGUUCCUGAGCCUCAUACAGCCUCAGCAGGUGUUGUGUGGCGUGAUCGCAGGCCUUCUGCACUUCCUCUUUCUCUCCGGCUUUGUGUGGAUGUUCAUUGAAGCUGUGCUGCUCUUCAUCUGUGUGAAGAACCUAUCACAGAUCAGCUCCAAAAAGAGGGAGGUGCUUAGAAAUGGAUUCCUGUGUGUGAUUGGAUAUGUGGUUUCACUGGUUGUGGUGUGUGUGUCUGUCGGUCUGGUUCCUGAAGGAUACGGCAAUGAACACUGCUGGAUUAAACUGGAAAAAGGAUUUAUCUGGAGUUUUCUGGGUCCUGUUUGCGUCAUACUAGCAUUAAACAUUAUUAUCUUCGUCAAGAUCAUCAUUACUCUGAACUCAACUCUCAAAAAUCUCAACGCUGAAAUUUCACAGAUGAAACAAACCAAUAUAAUGGUGUUUAAAACACUGGCUCAGUGUGUUGUUCUUGGUUGCCCCUGGAUUCUGGGUUUCUUCACUAAUGGCAGUAAGGUGCUGGAGAUCCUCUUCCUGAUCUUGAACUCCCAGCAGGGAACCUUCAUCUUCCUGAUCUACUGUGUCCUCAAUCAUGAGGUCAGGCAGCAGUACAGGAAGUUCUUCAGAUGUCUUUACUGUGAACACAAGAAACACUGAGAACUACAGCAUCAUGUUCAGGAAAUGAGUGAAGUGCCAUUAUCAUACAGUAAAAUACCACUACACCAGAAUCAAUGCUUUUACAUAUUACAUGACAGUUUCUGCUUUUAUUUGUAAAUGAGCAAUUAUACAAUUAUUAUUUCAUAGCUGUCACUCAUUUUGAUGUAAAUCUAUUCACUUUUAACUUGUGUGUGAUUUAUUGUACUUCAGCCCCCUUAAGUGUUUUAUGUUUCCUUUUAAUUGUCUUUAUUAUUGUGAAAGAAUAUUUAGUGUGACGAUGGCUGAUGAUUUGUAAUUCGUAUUAUUAAUCAGUAAAUAAUCUAUGAA